AUUUUUGUCCAGAAUCUUGACUCUCUAUCUUUUUUCUCCUAUUUCGUUCCGUGAUUUAGGCUGUGAUUAUAGUCUGUUCGUUUUGGUUUUUGUUUUUGUGAUUGAUUUUGCUUCCUCUUAAUUUGUUUAGCGGAGAAAACGAUGGCUUCAGAUCCCAAAAUUCACAAAUUCGAUGAGGUUGCAAAGCACAACAAAACUAAGGAUUGUUGGCUUAUUAUCUCUGGCAAGGUGUACGAUGUCACCCCUUUCAUGGACGACCAUCCUGGAGGAGAUGAAGUUUUGCUGUCAUCGACUGGGAAAGAUGCAACAAAUGAUUUUGAAGAUGUGGGUCACAGUGAUUCUGCUAGAGAUAUGAUGGCAAAAUACUACAUUGGUGAAAUAGAUGCAUCAACUGUUCCAGCAAUACGAACCCAGAUUCCUCUACAGAAAACUUCCUACAAUCAAGAUAAGGGAUCAGAGUUUUUUAUUAAGCUCUUGCAGUUUCUUGUGCCUCUCUUGAUCUUAGGCUUAGCAUACGCAGUCCGAAACUUCACCAAGAAAGAGUAGGUAAUUGCGAAAUAUUAGUUCCCCAUUUGAAGGUCUAGCUGUGGAAUUGCAUGGGUUAAAACUACAAAAGGUUUCUUUUUUCUUUUCCUUGAAAUAUCUGUCAAAAAUUAAACAAUGGUUCAUAGUUGGUCCCCUGAGGACCUGUCAGGAACUGUAUUUGGAACCAUCUGUUUCAUUGAUAACAGGACAAUGUUCGCGCUUUCUUGAUGAUAAGCAGGGUGUAUUUUCCUUAUUGCUUU